CAGAUGCAGAAUGAUGAUAUUCUUCGAAAGCAAUUCAUCGGCGGAAAAUUUGCUUACGAACUGGGAAUCGAUCCAGGCAUGAAAACAUGGAAUGCCACAGUUCGUCGAAAUAUCAAAACAAGGAAAGAAGUCAACAUGAAAACAUCCAGUAAGAAGUGCCAUUGGCUGGCAAAGCAGAAUACGCGCGAUGUAAAGGCAAAACGAUGGACGAAGCAGUUCACCCAAGAGGAGCAGGACGAUCGAAAUAAUCGACAAUUGUAUCAGCGAAUGCCAUCACCACUGGGCAUACUCUGGAUUGAUUACGUUCAUCAUCGUAUCAAAAUGCUCAAGAAAGGAAUGGCCGUGUAUACAACACCGAAAUACACGCUGUUGCAGUUUGACAAGUACGUCGAAUCGAAUCGAACCGUUGAUAAACUCACUGGGAAUUUGGUUAAUCAUAAAGCCGCAAUUAUUCACAUGGGAAAUGCAGAAAUAUCACCAAACUCGUGCAUUCGAAUCAAAAAGCAUGUGAGAGCUCCAGGUACGCUCAAACUACUCAAAGGCUUUUGAAAACGUCGCAAUUGUCGU